AUGAAUAAAUAUUAGCUUAGUUUCAAAGAUAAAGACAUAGAAAACAUGUAUUAGACAAAGUAACAUAAUGAAUUAAGGAUAUUAAGUCUGAAUAUUAUUUCAUUAGGUCUCUUUGUUAAUUAUUUUGUCAUUUCUUUGAAUUCUGUAAUAAUGAACAGAUAUGACUUUCUUUUAUGGAAAUUAUUCAUGAUGGCUUACAUGUUAAUCUAAUACUAUACUGUGAAUAAAUAUCCUAAACUAAUAAGACUGGCAUUUAUUCUUACAAAUCAUUUCAAUAGUGUUUUAUACAUAUUUGCAUCAGAUGAUUAAUAUACUCAUGAAUUUGAUAUUAUAAAGGGUGCUAAUCAAAUGGGAAUGGAAAUAAUAAUAGUGUUAUCGGGUGAAUUUCUGGAUGCAAUUUUUUCAGUUCUAAGUUUGAAUCUCAUAAGAGUCAUUUAUGGUAUCAUUCACAGCGAAAUUCAAUUUUAUGUACCUCAUGUUACGACUGCUAUUUUAAUUCUUUAUUUUGUUUAUUUUUUUUACAAGUUUCAUUAUGCUAGAAGAUCUUAAUUUUUAUUAACUCUUAUAGACUCAUAAUGGGAUAAUAUUUUAGCUAAUCUUAUUUAGAAAUAGUCAUAUGUAAUUUUUACAUUUGAAGAAGAAUAAUUGCACUACUCUAUUAAAUAAAUUAACAAUUGUGGCCAAUUUUUCUUUUAAAAUUAAGACGUUUUUUCUUUUUUAAGAGAAUCUACUUAUUAAGGAAAAACAGUAGAGUCAAUUAUAUUAUCAGAUAUAAAAAUGUUUCAAAUCAAUUAAAAGAAAAAAUUAAAUGUUGAUCUUGUUUGUUAAUUUCAUAAAGAAAUUAUUCAUAUUUAAUAUUCAAUCUACUCAGGAUAAAAUCCAACAAUUUUAAUCGUUUUUAAGGAACAUAGUUUUCAGAAAAAGAAAAGUAAAUUAAUUAAUUUUGACUAAAAAUACAAUCAUUUUGUUUCCUUAUUUCUUAAGGUUUUGAAUAACUUAGAACCUAUUUCAUAAAAAUAUUAAGAAUAUAUAUAAUUGAAAAGACAAUUAUAUCUCUUUAAAUUAUUAAGUUUUAUUACUGAUUGUCAAUUUAAUUAAAAGAUAAUCAACUUAAGUUAAAAUUUAGCUAGUAUAGCAUAGUUAUUUCCAGAAAAAAGAAUAUAUUAUGAUAAUAUUGAUAGUUCUCAUUAAAUUAAAACUAUCACAAAUAUUUUAUAUUUUUUUUAAUUGAUUAUUUUAGAAAACUCAAUAGGAAGGGGAGUAAAAAUCUAGUAUAAAUUUUCAGAGUAAAUCUAUACACUUGUUUUUUAGGGGAAUUUUAAUUAAAAUAGACUUAAAUUUAUUGCUUCAAAAUUAUAAUAUCCUCUAAAAAUGAUAUUUUUGAAAUUCAACAUUACAUCUUUAAGUAAUUAAUAUUUUAAUUUAAGAAAUUACUGCAGAAUUACAUUAGGAACCAUUAAUUCCAUUCACAAGAUUGAAAGUAAGUAAAUAUCAUUGUAAUUGA